AUGCUUGCUAGCGGUAUCGUCAGACCAUCAGAGAGUUCAUGGGCCUCUCCCUUACAUUUAGUUCCCAAAAAAGAGAAUGGCUGGCGACCCUGUGGCGAUUACAGGUUGCUUAAUGCUAGGACUAUUCCUGAUAAAUAUCCCAUAAGGCACAUCCAUGACUUUACUCACGGCAUCGCUGGAUGUAACAUAUUUACUACCUUAGACCUUGUUAAGGCCUAUAAUCAGAUACCUGUCAGUGAAUUAGACAUACCUAAAACCGCGAUUACCACACCAUUUGAUUUAUACGAAUUUAAGUAUAUGAAUUACGGUUUGCGUAAUGGAAGUCAAACCUUCCAAAGGUUCGUGGAUGAGGUCACGCCUGGUUUAGAUUUUUGUUACUGUUACCUGGAUGACUUUUUAAUAUUCUCGAGGAGCGAGUAA